ACACAUAGAAGUCCCAAAAUACAUAAACAGAAGAAAUGCAGCGUCUUGAAAAAAAUGAUAAUAGAAAUAAAUAAUAAUAAACACAGUCCAGUGAAAAAACAGUGUUCCUUGUUUCCCAGUGUAAAUGGUAGAAUUUUGCACUAACCAGAACGCGCAUAGAUCCUUUCUCCACUCAAGUCUGGUCAGGUAUAUGGCUUGGAAGAAUGGAGAUCCUACGCCCUCAUGUGGUGGGAAGUGAUCCAGCAGGUCAGAGCAAUAACGAUCUAGAUGAGCCUCCAAAAGGAACUGGCACAGGAAUCCCAAGGGCUACAAGGAUGGAAAAGCUCCUCACAGGAGACACAGGGGAGCACUCAUAGUGUAG